AUGACUGAAGUCGAUCUACAGGGCGAUGAUUGGGACAUACCGUGUUCAGACGAUGAACUUUCAAAGCAUGGCACUAACAUUGGAAAAAACUGGGUGGUGGAAGCAAACGAGUUAGAAGAACUUUACAAUACUAUUGACAAAGGCGGAACUUUGUCGCUAGAAUGGAAAUGUUCAGGUCGCCGAGCGCCGUCACCAAUGCCUGUAACGAAAGAAAGUAAACCUGAAGUUCUUGUGUCGCCUGUAAGGGAAGAGAAGUCAGAUUUCGAUUUUAUGGAUGAAGUGAGUUCGCUGCGUUUGCGGGUGCGACGGGAGGGAGAAGAUACGCUUCGUGGCUCAGCCAAGAAGAAAACAACGUCAUUUGACGGUAUCCUGUCAAAUCUCAUUCGUCACAAGCGCAUUGAGCAAAUGGAAUUGCAAGCAAACACACCCACUUCAUCUCCAAGCACCUCUUGA